AUUGGGUCCUUACUGAUGAGAACAACGUCCCAGUCACUUUGAUCUACAAGCUGCUUUCCUCACCAAACGGAGACCCAGGAAUCGAAUCGGAAUUUGGGAAUUCAGGGCAUUUGGCUGGUUUCGUCUCUCUCACCCUUUAUCUUCUCUCUCUUUUAAAGUGGACAGUGGGGAGAAUUUCAAAGGCGAAAGGGGAAAAAAAAUGCAAAAACAUAGUACUAUUAUAUUAGUGUAUUAAACGUUUUGGGUUUUGUUUAUAUAUAAAUUAUGCAGUAUAAAAUCUAAGAACAGUACUUAGUAGUAAGAUUAACAGCUAACAUGAGUAGUAGAUUAUGUCAGAUCGAGCCCUAGCUAUGUGGGAGAUUGAGAUAUAGAACUGGAAAAAAAUUGGAGAUAGAACUUGUAGAAUACCAAGAUGCAAACACACAAGAUUAUUGUUUGGUUUAGAACUUUUAAAUGACAUAAGAUAACUCUACUUUGAUGAAUUAUGCAUAAAAUAUCCCAAGAUCGUUUUAUACAAAUCUGGUUCUGUUUUAGUACUAUAUAUAUAUAUAUAUAUAUCUCUUCUUUUUAACAAAUCGUUGCUUUAUUGUGUGCUUUUGUGACCUAAAAUUAACUGAUAUAAGUUUCUAAACUCCUCCUGGCUGCAGGUAAGUGAUCAUCAUUUUGCCUAAUCAAGAAACUCCAAAAGAUCAAGUUUUGAUCACCUCAAGAAUCCUAGCUUGGAGUUCACUUUAGGGAGACCCGACUGGCACAGCAAUGAACACGACUAAUUUCAAUUAAUGAUCUACCGGGAUUUAGACGUUGCCUUUGGAGAAAAACGGAGACAAUGUUGCCUCAGAAGCAAGCAGAGGAAGCAAUAGUUCCCAACAUUAGUGAGACAGAACACGAGGGCAAGGAUGAAGAGAAGGUGGAAGAACAUUCCGUGUUCAGUGUCAAGAACUUUCUCUGGCAUGGUGGUUCUGUCUGGGACACAUGGUUCAGCUGCGCUUCCAAUCAAGUUGCGCAAGUGCUAUUAACACUUCCUUACUCUUUCUCUCAACUGGGAAUACUAUCAGGAAUCUUGCUUCAGGUAUUCUAUGGAAUAAUGAGAAGCUGGACGGCUUAUCUGAUUAGCGUACUCUAUGUAGAGUACAGAAGCCGAAAGGAGAAGGAAAACGUCAGCUUCAAGAACCAUGUGAUACAGGUUGGUUCUGCUUCUCAGAAUCACCAGCAUGGUCAUAAAAUAUUCUUCCAACUAAUAUCACUCCUUUUAUUAUAUAUAGAUCAGAUCGAUCACCUUUCAUGAUCAUUUUGGUGUUAAAAACUCGAUCUCACCUCUUAUAAAUAAUUUCUUCUAUAUAUAUUUAUUUAUUUUCUGACGUCAUAAACAAUAUUUACUUGUUCAUUAUCAUGUACUUAAUUUCAAGUGAUAUAUAUAUUCAAGUAAUUGCUAACAAGUUUUACC